AUGGAGGAAUUUGAGUCAGGUGGCAGAAACACAGAGGAGGAUCUGGCUCACAGUCAACCCCUAAAAAUCCCGGAAACACAAGUUCCUGAAGAAAGACAACAGGCACAGAAAGCAGCCCUUGAGAAACUAGCAGCUCAAGGAAAUGCCACGUGCACUGAAGGACCCAGUACCUCCUAUAGAACCAUUUCUUGUAAGCCUUCUUUGGUGGUCAAGCCAUCAACUUGUGAUGACACAGAGGAUGAAUGAAAGCAACCACAUCUGAAUACAGUGGCACAAGUGUCUGGUGUUUAUCUUCAACCAAUAAGCAGAGAAAACUAUGAAAAAAGUGAAUGCACUAAAUUCUCCAUCAAAACCUGUUACCUGGCAAAAGACCCAAAGCCUCUACACCCAAAACCUGCAUGGAACAAGUUCCCCAGCUCUGCUCCUCCUGGUAAAGAAAAAAAUACUCUGGGAGCAAAACCUGGUGAAAAUAACUCAGCGGCAGAAGCUGCAGGCAGUCAUCUUCCUAAAAUAGGUCUGAAGCCUGCUGGCCACUCGCAGACCUUAUUUUAAGGCACCUUCAGAAACGUGAAGAAAGAGACUGAAGAAAAGGCAAUGAGCGUUAUCAAGACCACUGUUGCCAAGAAAGUCAUCCAGGAAGGAUCAGAUUCUCCUCAUAAGUUUUGUAAGACCAAUACAGCACUUGGUGCAGUAAGGUCAUCAUAUGAAACACGAGGGAAAGAAGAUGGUUCUCCCACACCCAGGCAGAGAGUCUUGGCCCCAGAGUUCAAGACAUCCACAUCCUCAGCAAAGCCCAAUAGACCUCUAAGUGUAGAACUGCAAGGAUACCAGAGGAGGACCCCAAAAAAGACAUCUGGAAAUGAAGGUUUCAAACUGAUAGGAUCUUUUGGUUUUGCCCCACUGGUGCCUCUAUUAGAUCGUGCUACACAGUUUCCAUCCCCUAAACCAAUCUCUCACCCAGACCUGGAGGUUAUGGAAGCUCCCAGUCUGCCUCCCAGAAACAUCAAGCCCAGCUCUGCCCCAUAAAGUGAAGAAAAUUAUGAUGAUGUGGUAUUUGUUUUACAGGAUCAUGGAAGUACACAGGGGGGCCAAGAAGGUGAUGUAGAGAUGUAUGAAGACAUAAAUGACACUAUAUCCCACUUGCCCACAACACAGUCCCAAUUUCCCCCAGCAUAG